CAGCAGCUAUGGCUGCGCCCGGGCCGGAGCUUCUGCCCGAGCUGUCUGCUGCGGCCCCCGAUUUGGAUUGGCACGAGAAGUCGGAAGAAACCCAUGCUCCCCAGGUAGAUCCCGAGACCGCCAUCACGUCAGCCCAGGAACCUUCCAAUCCUUCGGAGUCCCUUUGCCCGAGAGACUUGGUGCCGGUGGUUUUCCCUGGGCCUGUGAGCCAGGAAGGCUGCUGCCAGUUUACUUGUGAACUUUUAAAGCAUAUCAUGUACCAACGCCAACAGCUCCCUCUGCCCUAUGAACAGCUUAAGGACUUCUACCGAAAAUCUCCCCAGGUAGAGGACACUGUAAGGAAGAAGCCUAGGAUGACCACUGAGGUGAGCAGCAAGAAGUGUCAGCAGACUCUGGCAGAACUGGAGAGUGUUCUCAGCCACCUAGAGGACUUCUUUGCCCGAACACUGGUCCCACGGGUGUUGAUCCUUCUUGGAGGCAAUGCACUCAGCCCCAAGGAGUUCUACGAACUUGACUUGACCAGGCUGGUCCCCUUCAGUGUGGACCAGAGCCUGAACACAGCGGCUUGUUUGCGGCGUCUCUUCAGAGCCAUCUUCAUGGCCGAUGCCUUUAGUGAGCUGCAGGUCCCUCCACUCAUGGGUACCAUUGUCAUGGUACAGGGGCACCGUGACUGCGGGGAAGAUUGGUUUCGACCCAAGCUCAACUACCGAGUGCCCAGCCGGGGCCACAAACUCACUGUGACGCUGUCUUGCGGCAGAACUUCCAUCCCAGCCAUAGCUUCAGAGGAUUACAUUUGGUUCCAGGCACCAGUGACACUUAAAGGUUUCCAUGAGUGAGGGCGAUGACUGAAUUCUCCCCUGUGGUACCAAGGGCACUCAUCUCAUGAUUGGAACUGAAGCUGCUUCCUGGGGAGGGAGGAAGUCCCUGUCCUGGUGAUAUGCCUCCUCUCCCCAGACUGUCUGAUGAUGGCAUGUGACUGACUGUGGCAGUCAUCAAGCAAAGCCCCCAAAUCAACGAGUGACUCCCAGAGGCCUCUGGGCCUGGUAGUUCUAGUUCAGAUUAGAAAGCAUGGAGGUGGCCCUUCUCUGCUUUAUUCUGUGACUUCAGAACUAUUUGUUACCAACUGAUGAAUCUAAAUAUGAAAUGAAUAGAGUUGUAUUAAAUUUUCCUAACACUUUUGACUUAGA